CCUCGAUCAAUUGAGCGUGCAAUUGUGCAAUUUUAGGGUUUUGGAAUGCUGGGUUUUUUGGGUUCCAAUACAGCUUUUUUUACUUUUGGUGCUUUUUGCUUUUGUACUUCCUGUUUGCCAGCUGACGAACUAAAUGUCGGUUAUUGUUUCUUGGGAUUAAAAAAAUGUCUGAAAAUGUACAGCCAGCCUGCUUUGCUUUUACUGUUCUUCCAGCGGCUACUCAACCGGACCAUUUGGUUUAGUGAGGAGAUUCUGGGAAAAAGGAAUGAAAAUUGAAUCUUCCUAGAAUCCUCUGACGAGAACCUUAGGCGCUAGGCACUGCUCUGGUGGUAGGUGCUUUCUCCUUCGCAAAUGGGCUGUUUCCAUUCUACACCAAAAAAGCAGUUUGCUGGAUAUGAGGAUCCUGUAAUUCUGGCUUCACAGACGGCCUUUAGUGUGAGUGAAGUUGAAGCACUGUUUGAGCUGUACAAGAGUAUUAGCAACUCUGUUAUUGAUGAUGGAUUAAUAAACAAGGAAGAGUUCCAAUUGGCUCUAUUCAAGAAUAGGAAGAAGGAGAACCUAUUUGCAAAUAGGAUCUUUGAUCUAUUUGACGUUAAGGGGAAGGGAGUGAUUGAUUUUGGUGAUUUUGUUAGAUCACUCAAUGUGUUUCACCCAAAUGCGCCUCAAGAAGAUAAGAUUGAUUUUUCAUUUAAGCUCUAUGAUUUGGAUGGCACAGGAUUUAUUGAGCGGCAAGAGGUCAAGCAAAUGCUAAUUGCUCUACUCUGUGAGUCUGAAAUGAAGCUGGCUGAUGAAACCAUUGAAAUGAUACUUGAUAAGGAAGUGGUUAUUGGCCUUCAUUUCCUGCUGCUUAACAUUCAGACAUUUUUAGAAGCUGAUAUAAAUCAGGAUGGAAAGAUAGAUAAAUCUGAGUGGCAUAAUUUUGUUAGCCGAAAUCCUUCAUUGUUGAAGAUAAUGACACUUCCAUACCUGAGGGAUAUAACCACCACCUUUCCAAGUUUUGUGUUUCAUUCCGAGGUUGAUGAGAUAGCUACGUAACAAAGAUGGUACUACUACCUUUGACUAGAUUGAAAUGUUCUGUUUUUUUUUUUCGUUCUUUCUUAUUUCUUGGAAGAAAAAGGUUUGAAGCUCUUAUGCAGCUGGAAACAGCUGGCUGCUGUUCUAGAAUUGUAAAGUUCCGAUUCAGGCAUUUCCAAGUUGCAUUUUACCCCAUGAAUAGCUGUAGUUGUAGAUAUAAUUUGCCACCGUUCUGACCAUAUGAGAUCCAAAUACAAAGCUUUAUCUGGAAGUACUUGAUUAGCAAGUGAUGUACCCAACAGAAGCAAGACGUUGUUUGUUCUUUUCACCCUGUGAUUUUGCUGAUGCAAACUAGGUAGGUAGCUGGUGGAGUAUACAGUUACUGUUCCUUGAAUCGUUAUGGAGAAGUAUUUUCUGCUUUCUUCGUGCCACAAAAUGGACCCUAAGUAAUGUACCCAUCGCAUCUGCCUUAAUAAAAGAUUAUGAUUUGAGGUAUUUUUAA